AUGUUACUGCGGUUGUCAACUAUCUGUGUGCUUUUUUCAUUUUUUGUUUCCUGUCUGUUUGCUUCUCCAUUUCGAUAUCAGAACGAUGUGCCAGUUUUCUAUAAGCGAAUACCUCAUCGUUAUCCAUCAGAUGCAUAUUAUCAGGUGUCCGUGCCUCUGAUGUGGAGAAUACGCAGAUCACAACCCAUAUUGGACUAUACUGAUGAGUUUUCAGCUGAUCCAUUUGAGUUUGAGACAGUUGAAGAUUCAGUUGAUUCUGUAGUUGUUCCUCCUUCUUCUUCUUCUUCUUCUUCUUCCUAA